CAGGAAACAAUUUGGCCUCCAACUGGUUCCUCUAUGACUUGCUUCUCUUGACAAAUUAUCUGACUUGCCUGGAAAAUGGAUUUUAUGGCACCUCGUGAUGAGUAACCAUUUUGCUUUACCAAAUCAUGGCCUGUAACAAACUCAUGAUUAUUAAAAUCAAGUUGGCCUUCUUUGUCUUGCAUUUUGUUUCAUGAUUGUUUCACCAGUGAUCCGGUAAUGGUGUGUGUCUCUGUAAAGCUACAAAUGGAAGCCAGGCAGGACUGAUGUGUUACGCCCUGUGAGGUUGUUCAUGGCAUAUACACUAUUCAUCAUUGACGUGUAAAAGCCGGGCACACAUAUGCAGCUGGUAAAACCAGAACGCAAGUGCAAGCUGAUCUUACCCCAUUUAUAGUAAACAUGUACCAUGGAUAGUGACAGCGGGAACAGUGUACAGCCGCAGGUCCAGCUUUUCUGGCAGAGUGCCAACCAUCCAAGAAUCGGACGAAAACCAUGGCGGACGGAGGAACUCAGCCGAAUUUGAGGUGAUUGAUGAUGACACUGUGGAUGAGGCUCUAGACGUUGUCAACCAGAACAUCAGUGCCCUUCAGAAUGGCCUCAGUGGUGAGGAGUCCUCCAUGGUGGGCAAUGACAGUGACAACAACACUCCAACACGCAUACGCCCCCGCCACCGCCAUCACCAUCACCACUGUCACCAAAGGGAUAGCGGCGACAGCGAAAAAAACAAUGGCGGUGAUCAGCUCAGUUCUGACAAUCGAGAAGACAUGACACCUGACAGACUAGUGGGCACGCCAGACUCUGACGGACCAAAAUUCAGGCCCAGGGACAUGUCAUUUGAUAAAUCUUUUGAUAACUUGAUUGAAAGACUUAACUCUGAAAGUCAGGGGUCUCUUAAUAAAUCAGAGACAAAGUCUACAGCUUCAAAUGGUGGCGGAAGUGACCGCGAGACAGCCAGUAAAAUGUCAUCUGAUGACAUUGUGGUGACUGUGACAAAGCCGUCCAAGGUGGAGAAGAAGAAGAAGUCCUCAGCUCUGUUUACUGUUUUAAGUCCUACAUACAAGUCAAAAACAGAUGACUUUAAGAAAACAUUUAAAGAUAUCCCCAAUGAAGAAAGGUUAAUAGUGGAUUAUUCCUGUGCUUUACAAAAAGACAUACUGGUUCAUGGCCGGAUGUUUAUCACACAGAACUGGGUAUGCUUUUAUGCCAACAUAUUUCGCUGGGAGACAGUGUUGACCAUACCAUGUAAAGAUAUAACAGCAAUCACCAAAGAGAAGACAGCCAGAGUCAUUCCCAAUGCUAUUCAAAUUACCACAGAGAAGGAGAAAUAUUUUUUCACAUCCUUCGCUGCACGGGAUAAGACGUUUCUCAUGUUGUUCCGGAUUUGGCAGAAUGCACUACUAGAUCAGCCGAUGUCCCCCAAAGAGCUGUGGCACUGGGUACACUACUGUUACGGGGAAGAGCUGGGCCUAACGUCAAGUGAUGAGGACUAUGUGGCCAGACCUAGUGCUGAUGAGAUGAAGGACAAGCAGAAGGAUGAGGCAGGCAUCAUCAAGGAAGCUGAUUCGACUACUGAAGUGAGUGUGGCUAAUGGUGAUUAUGAUGGGGACUGCAGUGCUGCAAACGUAAUGUCCCCGGACUCGUUUGAAGAGCCACCCAUGGGGCGGGAAGCAGGAGGAGUGACAUUAGGUGAUGAGGAUCCCACAGAUUUUGGGGAUACCACUGAUGACAGUGAUGGCAUCGGGGAGGUAAUCUGUACGGGACACGACCACUUUGAAAAGAUGUACAUGAAUGAAGUGUUCAACAUGUCAGUGGACAAAGCCUUUGAACUCCUUUUUACCGACAGCAAAUUCUUCAGGGAUUUUGUGGGUGGAAACAAGACAUUUGACCUUUUACUACCUCCUUGGCAAGAAGAUCUAGAUGAUGAAGGGAACAGGAUAAGACAUAUCCGAUACACGUUAACUCUGGGAGCAGCAUUUGGCCCCAAACAUUCGCCUUCUACAGAAAAACAGAUCUGUCUGAAGCAAAGUAAAGCCGGGGUAAUCUAUAUCAUUGACUGUCACAUCGCCAAUGGCAGCAUCCCCUAUGCUGACUCUUUUUACACGGUCAACCGUUACUGUAUCACUCGAGUCUCCAACAGCCGAUGUCGUAUCAAGGUCACCAGUGUGGUCAAGUACAGGAAGUCCGUCUGGGGUCUGGUGAAAAACCUGAUAGAGAAAAACGCCCAUCAUGGAAUCACAACCUACUACAAAAAUCUUUCUAUUGCACUACACAAGGAAGCUGGGGUGCAGCAUGAUCGAGACACGCUGGCUGUGGUCAAACAACCGUCCAAGAAGAAGCGACGGCGACGACGAUUGAUGUCCAACAUAGGAGACGGUCAUGACCCCUCACGGCAGACAGAGUCGCUCUCCACACCUCCCUCUCCUAUCAGAGCAUUCAGCAUAAAGGAAGAUCGACUGCUUAAAUUGAAUGCUGACACUCUGGUUAGGAUCAUUGUUUUUGUGCUAAUUCUGUUGGUGAUGUUCAAUGCUAUGCUGUUUUACAAACUGUGGGCCCUGGAGGGUUUUGCCGGGAGUGGCUACCCCACAAGUCAACAUUUUUCACCCAAUCACAUCAGGGAUUUACCAGAGUCACAAGAGGAGUGGCUGAAGCUGUUAGAACAACAGCAAUCGUUACAUCAAAGUGAGGUGGAGCAUUGGAGAGAGAUACUCGGUACAUCUGUCCUACUGAUGGACCAGAUGAAGGCAUCACUUAUGGAGUUGCAGUCCAGUUUAAAAUUCCACGAGUCCUGGCCUAGGACAACAGCUGAACCAGUGAAACAACAUACGAAACAGGACACCGAAAGCUGACUCACUGACACAACAUACAAAACAGGACACCGAAAGCUGACUCUCUGACGCAACAUGCAAACACACUCAAAGCUCAUCCACCUGCAUGGACCAACACAGCCUCAGCUCAUCCACCUGCUAACUGUGCACGCACCAUUCUCCUUUAUUUGUGUUUUUGGUUAUUAAGUUAUGCCCAAUAUAUUUGUGGAAUACUAAGGUUAAUGUUUUGUUAGAGCAUUUGCCCUACAUUGUACAUCGUGAAUUGUUGUCAGACUGACAUAACUAUAUCUGUGCAGUUUUCUCCUUCGUAUAUGUCAUGUGGUCAAGUCUUUUUGUAAUAUGCUUAGAUAUCCAUGACCUCUAGUGUGUGGGAAGGCCUGUCAGCAACCUGCGGAUGGUCGUGGGUUUCCCCCAGGCUCUGCCAGGUUUUCUCCCACCAUAAUGAUGGCUGCUGUGACAUGUAGAAGUGUAAUAUUCUUGAGUAUGGCAUAAAACAUGUUGAAUAUAUAAAAUCCAGCAGAUCUCUCCUUUACACAGACAUACUUGUAGUGACAUUAGCUGUACCUGACUUUUACAUGGGACCCAGACAAGUGGUCGUGACACUGUGUCAUUUACUAUUUUGUUUUAUGUUAGUGACUUUUGACGUUAUCUGUUUCUGUACUAUGCUGAAAUCAGUUUUGUUAAGCAAGACCCAGGUGUAUUAAUAAAUGGGUGGAAGCAGUAAUAAGGUAUAUCUGGGAUGCUACCAACAUUUUACUGUUAGAUGCAUAUGUGUGUGUAUAUGGAUGUCUGCAAUAUAUUAUUCAGGUAAUGUUGACUGUGGUAAUGGUUGUUCAGGAUUGUGCUCAUAAGAAUAAUUAAAGUGAACAUAAAGUCUGCCACUAUACAUACAUAGAAAAAAGGAUAUAGGACACAGUUAUCACAGAAAAAUAGGUAAAAAAAUUCCGUAAUGUAUUGAAAGGCGAGAAAACAAACUUCAGCAUUAUGGAUACGGCACUGACGGACAGUUCACUUCGAGUAGCCAUGUAGUAGCAGCUCUUAUAAACUGGGCCAAUCACUAAGGCUGAAAGCGUCACAUGAUAAUUGGCUG